AUGGACUGGAACGGCGACAUGAUUGGAGACCUCAACGAUCCCGACUCCAUAAAUAAUGUGAGCUCUGCUUCUCUACCUGCUACAUUUGGAUCUCUUGAUUCCGGCAUGUCCUUUGAUCCUUUCUUGAACGUCGACCCGAGCAAUCCAUUGGUGGACUGGACGACAAUCGGUGGUGUGGGAGAACCUCUUGAGAGAAGCCAUAGUAGUGGAAGCAACUAUCUCAACAACGUUGGCAUGGACGGUCUAAACUCCGGCAUGAGCUUGGAUCGAUCUCCCUAUGCCGCGAUAGCACAGCUCUCACAACUCAGCACACGUCUCUAUCCCCUACAUCAGUCCGGUUGUGUAUUGGCAGAGACGGCAGCAGCAUCCUUCUCCGGCAACCGAUCACAGCAAAGACCCCUACUCGACGAAAGCUGUCUGAAGAGCGUGGCGAGUUGGUUCGUCCAUCUCUUCGCUCGUGUGCCAUUGCAAAUAUUAUCCGUCGACUAUGGAACGAAGAAUACAGGCGAGAUUCUACAAUCCGUAUUCUCCGCAUCACACCACAUGAUGGAGAUUCUCUGUCGAUUACAAAACGAGCCUUCAUCCUUUGACUCGAGUCGAGGAGAGACGGGAGCUGGCCUCCCACAUGGUCCCAUCCACUCCGGCCAAGGAAACAACGAUAAAUUCAACGCCCUCAACGUCCUGAACCCCGCUGGACACUAUUCCCACGACACCAUCAUAUGCCAUUUGGUCAUUGCAUGCCACACAUUACUCCUCAACAUCUACGUGGCAGUCCUAGUAGCUCUCCAACACGAUGUGGACUUGAGAAGCUCAUUCCUCCUCCCCACAAAAUGCACCGGAUACUUGGAAGGCGAGACGCAACUCGUAAUGGUGGUGCAGUUAUGUGCCUACCUCCUGGAACGUCAGCGACAGGCUGUCGAUAUCUACUUCACACCUUCCCCGCCCUCACCACCACCACCCACCGCACAAAUGAUGACUCCUCCCACUACCCCGCCCACAGCGAACCGUGAGGUGGUCAGUCAUCUCGAAACAGAUAUCCGUCAGCGUUUGACGCGUAUUCGUCAGGCGUUACGGAUUUGA